AUGAAAAAUGAUGAAAGUGGAAGUGAUCAAAUCGCAGAUUUUCAGAAUAAUUCACAAAAGACAACGUUAUCAGUUUUAAUGGAACAGAAGCAAGAAACAUUGAAAAUGGUCGGUAAUCAACAGUGUAUGAAUAAACGAAUUUUCAAGGAUAUAACAAAUUGCCGAAAAAAAGCAUUAAGAGAAGAAACACGGAAAAAGACGAAGAAUCCGUCAAAUCAAACUACAAUUACGGAUUUUGCAUUAGUGAAACAAAAAACAUAUAUACAUGAUAGUUAUCAAAUCACAAGCAGUGAAAAAAAUGGAGAAAAUUCAAAAAAAUUGAAUUUAUUUGAUCGUAGUGAUUCAGAUAAUAGUAUAUCAGAUGAUAACUCAAAUCGAUAUACAUUUCGAUCAAAAUUUCAAUCGGAUAUGAACAAAUCAUUGGAUAAUUUCAAGCUAUUAAUGAAUAAAAAAAUGGAUGAAUUUAUGAAAAAUUCGAAUAAUUCGGAUUAUAGUGAUUUGGAUAAUAGCUCAUAUUUUACUUCAUCUCGAUCACAAUCUCCAAUGGAUAUCGAUCAUAACUAUGAAAAUAAUCAUACAAAAUGGAAACAAAACAGUUAUUGUGAAUCAUUAAGUUAUAUCGAUAAAGAAAUAUGCCAACUACAUAACAGUUUCAAUCAAAUUCUUGGCAAACGUUUCAGUACUACAACAAGUGAUGAUUGUAAUGAUGGACAAGCAUCGAAUGCAAAACGGAAAAAAAAAUAUUCACUGCCUAUCAUUACAAAGCCAUCAAUUCUUACAGCAGGGUUUGCGUGCAUUGAAAAACUGGUACUAAAAAAUUUGAUUGAAUCCAUGGAUUUAUGUGAAUUCGCUAAAAAAUAUAUUCUUGUUGAUUGUCGAUAUCCGUAUGAAUAUAAGGGUGGACAUAUAAAGGGAGCUUUGAAUAUUCAUAAUCCGGUGAUAUUAGAAGCAACAUUUUUUGAUCAUAUUGAUACUAAAAAACUUAGUUACAAACAAGAAAUAAUUCCAAUAUUUUAUUGCGAAUAUUCAACUGUUAGAGGACCAAUGUUAGCUUCAUAUUUACGAAAAAGUGAUCGUGUUCGAAAUUUUCGGAACUAUCCGUUUCUUUUUUACGAUGAAAUUUAUGUUUUAGAAGGCGGAUAUAAUUCGUUUUUUAAUACUGAUGAUUUAGGUUAUAAGAAUUUAUGCGAACCAAUGGGAUAUAUUACAAUGCGUGAUGAUAAGUAUGCAAAUGAAAUGAAAGCAUUCCGUAAUCGCAAAUUUCGAUCUGGAAUUGGCUUUGAAACUGGAAUGUUUGAAACAGCAAUGAUUCGUAAAAAUUCAAAAUUUCGAUCAGCACCUCCAAUACAUACAGAUUCAGAAUCUCCAAGUACAUCAUACUUUGUUUCACCAAAUUCUUCAUGUAAAUUUUCGCCUAAAAAUACUAUUUCAGCAAUACUUUUAAAUUUAUCUACAACAAAUGAACAAAGAAAUAGUAUUUAA